CACUUCCGGGGCGGCCAUUUUGGGUGGCCGGCGCUGCGCGGCUGGUCGGUGGCGGUGGGGGCGGGCUCGGCCCGGGCCGCAGCGGUUGGUGGCAGCGGCGGGGGGACAGCCGGCGAGUGUCGGGGGCGCCGCAGGGGAAGAGCCGUCACUCGGUGAUCGCAGCGCCCGCCUGCCCCCGCCAUGUCGGACUUCGACAGCAACCCCUUCGCCGACCCGGACCUCAACAACCCCUUCAAGGAUCCUUCUGUGACACAAGUGACAAGAAACGUUCCUCCGGGGCUAGAUGAGUACAAUCCUUUCUCUGAUUCAAGAACACCUCCUCCAGGAAAUGUGAAAAUGCCUAAUGUACCCAGUACCCAGCCAGCAAUAAUGAAACCAACAGAAGAACCACCUGCUUAUACAAAAAUUGCAAAGGAGCAUGCCUUGGCCCAGGCAGAACUGCUAAAGCGUCAAGAAGAACUGGAAAGAAAAGCAGCUGAAUUAGAUCGCAGAGAAAGGGAAAUGCAGAGUCUCAAUCAGCAGGGGGGUAGAAAAAAUAACUGGCCACCUCUUCCUGAGAAUUUUCCAGUAGGUCCUUGUUUCUACCAGGACUUUUCUGUAGACAUUCCUGUAGAAUUCCAGAAGACAGUAAAGAUUAUGUACUAUUUGUGGAUGUUCCAUACAGUGACACUGUUUCUUAAUAUCUUUGGAUGUUUGGCCUGGUUUUACGUUGAUGCUACGCGAGGGGUUGAUUUUGGAUUGAGUAUUCUCUGGUUCUUGCUUUUUACCCCUUGUUCUUUUGUCUGCUGGUACAGACCACUUUAUGGAGCUUUCAGGAGCGACAGUUCAUUCAGGUUCUUUGUGUUCUUCUUUGUAUAUAUCUGUCAGUUUGCUGUACAUGUACUUCAAGCUGCAGGAUUUCAAAGAUGGGGAAACUGUGGGUGGAUUUCAUCUCUUACUGGUCUUAACAAGAGUAUUCCUGUUGGCAUUAUGAUGAUAAUCAUAGCUGCACUCUUCACAGCAUCUGCUGUUAUCUCAUUAGUUAUGUUUAAAAAGGUGCAUGGUCUCUACCGCACGACUGGUGCCAGUUUUGAGAAGGCGCAGCAGGAGUUCGCAACGGGAGUGAUGUCCAACAAAACUGUACAAACUGCUGCAGCCAACGCCGCAUCAACAGCAGCAACCAGUGCGGCUCAAAACGCCUUCAAGGGAAACCGCAUGUAGGGAAACAUAAAAAGUCAUCACGGUUCUCUUCGAUUGUACCUUAUUUUCCAGCUACUUAUAAUAUUCCCUAAAAGCCUAGGUCAAAAUUCACACAGCAUGUUUGUCUCUUCUGCAGCUGUGCAUGGGUAAAAUGGGAAAUGUUUGGUUUAUUUUAUUAUAAACUUAUUUAUUUUAAAAAUAUAGCCAUUCUUUUCCCUUCUUUAAGAUGUUGCAUUCUAGAAUAUAAAGCCUUCCAUAUUAUAUGGAGGAAAAAUAAUUUCAACAGUUGGCCUAAGAAUUAAUUAUGUUAUAUAAUGAUUAAAUAAAUGUAUUAAUAAUUUUGAAGGUAUUUUAGUGGUUCACUCUAGGGUUAUUUUGGGGGUUGGAUCAAUUAUUUUUCUUCGUAAGAACUCUUUUUCCUAUUUCUGCUAUAAGAAGUGGAGUAGGCUGAGAGAUGUAGCAAGUUAAGUUUGGCUACUACUUUUACCGUUUCAGCAGCUGCUGGAGAACAAAUACGAGUAGAUAUUAUAAAUUCUUUCCUUGCGUUUUUUUUUCUAGGAUAAGUCUUUUGAUAUAAGCCUGUAAGUUUGCAUGAGUACUGUUGAGUUACUUGAUCUUGUUUAAAUAGUGUUUUGCUCCAGAAUUUACCUGUGCCACUUUAUAAUGGUAGCGUUUGUUUGUAUCUAUUUUCAUGGAGUAUUCUCUACCUGUGAGAAAUGGCUAUGGUACAUAAACAUUCUCUGUAAUGGAAUGUGUAAUGCAGUGUACACUUUUAAGGAAGUCAAAUGAUGGUUUAAAUCACAAAGCUAAAUGAUUAUAUAUUUGCUGGUUUUAAUUUCAGUAUUCAUGUACUGGAGUAAUAAUUUUGCUGGAAAAGAAAUGGAUACUGACUUUUAGAACACUAGUUUCUUGCCCUCCUUCUCUCUUCUCUGUGCAGUGGUAUUUUGUUGUAUUUGGAAAUUUUUUGGUUUUUUUUAAUGUAGAUUUGUGUUUAACAGUGGUACUAAAUCUCUAGCCUAGUGAGUCACUCUGCUUUCUGCUUGUCCAAAAACCUACACAUACAGUAUUUAAUUUUCUAACAGGAAUAUUGUCUAAACCCAAGAUUUUUAGGCAAUGGCAUUUAACAGAUACUUGAAUUCAUUUUAACAUUAACUCAGCCAUCUCUAUGAUGUGAUUUAAGCUGAGGGAAAAAAACCUUUUAAACUAUUUUGAGUUGGAAAAGUAAGAAAUCUUCAUCUUUAACAAAAUCAAAUUUUAACUCAUUGGACUGGAGGCCUAAGAGAUUAAAUUGCUGCUGUGGAACUGAACAAUCCAUAAUGGUACCUACCAUCAUAAUAUUCUACAAUAUAAUCAAGUCUUAGUGUAAUGUCAUAUUUCUGUCCUUUGAAGACUAGUUAUAUUCUUGGAUUGCCUCAUGAGUCUUAUGCACAAUACUAUGGAUGUUUUUUCAAACUGUGUUUUAGAAAAUGAAAACAGGAAGAACGACAACCCACAACCUAUGUAAGUACACACUGCAGCUGAAAUGAAUUCAGCUCUUGAGGUGAACCACCUUUAGUAAGGCAGCAUAAAAUUCUGAGGCCCCUCCAUGCCCUGAAUGUGGACCCACGGUCACAGCUUCUUUUUCACUACACUGUAUUCAUAAUAACAGAAGAGCAUUACAAAAAAUAAAACGCCCAGCUUAAUCCCUGGAUUAGUGUUGUAGUGUUAGUAUGAAGUCCCUAUUAGUCUCCUUUAUUUUACUAAUUUCUUUAAUUCCAACUUCAAUGUGGAUAAAUGAAGUAGUUUCACCUAUGCUGAAGUUCAUACUAAUGAAUAUACUUGUCUCUAAAUGUUCUCAGCAUCAUGAAAUUAAAAGCAAUUUAAACAUUCUGUGUAACAGGGACUCUAAAAUUUCAUACUAGUGGACAUGCUAGCAUUGAACUUAAAUUUGUGUGGAAUGCUAUUAAAAGCUUUCCAGCCAGAAGUCACUAUUUUUUGUUGAGAUCAGAUGUAAUCCUUCUAGCAGCUGUAUAUCAAGAUUGUUAAUGGUUGGACUCAGUGAUCUUAAAGGUCUUUUCCAACCCAAGUGAUUCUAUGGUUCUAUGAUUGUUCUUUUCAUAAUCUUCUAGACUUGAGGAUUGUCUCUAGGAACUCUACUAUGGAUUAUUUUUAAAUCUAAAUUUAAGCUAUUAUCUUGAUAUCUCUUGGAUAGGAAUCCCAGCGACAUGAUCCUUGGAAUUUAACUGAAGUUGAAAGACUGUAUAAUAACAUACAUUACCAAAAUCCAUUAUGGAAAAAAAAUCAGGAACAUACCUGAGUUUGGCAGGUAGAUUUUUUUUUUUUUUUUUUUUUUUUUUAAUUCCCCAAAAAUGUUGACAGGCUCUUUGAGAAAACAUAUUUAAUGUCCUCUCUAUAGGGAGCAUUGAUUUGUAAUGUCAUGGGUUGAAUAGACUGUUUUAACCUCCUAAGUGAAAUUGAAGGUUCAGUUACACAUGAAUUGUUUAAACCAGAAAUUUCUGAUGCUUUGCAGCUCAAAAGGGAGAAGUUUGAUUUUUAGCUUUGACAAGAGAAGGCUGAUAUUUGUUAAAAUAUUUUGUACCAACAAAACCUAGAUUUUUUCAGUCUCUUAUUAAUUGAUUGGAGUAUGGUGCCCAUUUAAGUUGUCAUUUUGUUGUAUUGUGGCAAAUUGACUACAAAGUAUGAAGUUUAAACACUGGAAUGUCAGUAGUCAUUGAUCUGUAAUUUAGGAGUUGGUUUUAUUUAUCUGAGGGAUGUUUGUAUAUUUUGUAAAUUACUAACAAGGCUCUACCAUCCUGGUGAAUGUCAUGGUUCUGUACAAAUGCACUUCUGUCCUUCUGUUGCAUGUCUGAGUAGUUAGAAGUUUUGUAUAUUUAUUGUAUUAACACCGUGUCAUAGAAUAAACAAAGACUUUUUUUCGUGGAUGUUUGCUCUGCAUAGUAUUGACCAAUAUGGGGAUUUCUCUUUUAACUGUCAGGGUAACAUGCAGGGCAGCUGAUCUAUGUAAAAGUCUUGCUUGGUUUUUAUAAUUGUGUAUAUAAAUGCUGUAAUUCUGCUGAAUGGGGAAGCAAUAUGUCCACUGUCAAAAUAAUGUUAAGGUACUGAGAAUUAGUCUACUCAACUGUUACAAAGAAAACUCUUAAACACUUGCAGCCCACUUUCUUGUGCUGUAAACUUAUAAGGGUGAAAAUCUAAACAUGUUCUGUCAUUACUGAAUGAAAUUCUACAGGUAUUGAGUGAAUCUUAAACUACUAUUGAAAGUAAAAUGAAGUUGGUGAAAACAGCA